UUCUAUUCUUUACACCCAGCAUUGAAUGCGACUCGGUCUGCUGAAUAAGAGCGCGUGAUAUGGCCGAAUCUUAACGUUGUGAAGGACUUUUGUAGCCACCUAAAGAAACUGAAAGCAAAUCCUGGAAAAUAUUAACUCUGAGUGUAGGUCUGACGAGUAGUUGACCAGCGAACAUUCUCCCAAAGCAUCCCUUUUGCAGGAAAAGUGCGCGGCGGAGGAAUAACAAAAAAAGCAACACGUAUCCGGUGGGAUUCCACUCUAGUGCGAGAGGCAAGAGGAGAGUUGGGAGUGAGAGGGUGAAAGAGGGAAAGAGUUGUUCGCAAGUGGAAACGGACUGAGGAAAACAUUUUUUCCGUUUCGCAGCGUUAUACUUUACACAAGGAAUAAUGCGGAGCAUUUGGAUGAUACUUACCCUUGGCUUGACGGCUUUUCUUUCGGGGGAAAGGAUAGUGGUCUCAGCAAAGCCCCAAAGCGACGACCUGUACCUGGAGGAUACAGGGUCUGGAGGUUACCCAGAGGAUGAUGACGAUUUCAGCUCCGGAUCAGGAUCAGGUGCUGGUGAAGAGGUCGAGGAAGCAGUCACUGUGAACACGUUGUUCAUUGCACCCAAAGCUGAGCCUACACAGGACUCCACCAAAGACUUCACACCCAGAGUGGAGACGUCCCUACCCCGAGACAUACCCAGAGAAAUGCCAAGAAAACCUGUUCGAACAGAGCCUCCAGUUCCUGUCACAGAAGACCUUCGUAGGAACUCUCUCACGAGCACUACCAACUCCCCGCGCUCCCCAGGGGAACCCUUCGAGGUGCGCUCGGAAAACCUCUUCCAGAGAACAGAAGUCUUGGCUGCUGUCAUUGCCGGCGGAGUUAUCGGCUUCCUGUUUGCCAUCUUCCUCAUCCUCCUUUUGGUGUACCGUAUGAGGAAGAAGGAUGAAGGCAGCUACGACCUGGGGGAGAGGAAGCCCUCCGGAGCGGCUUAUCAGAAGGCACCCACCAAGGAGUUUUACGCAUAAGACACCGCCACCUCCCCCUCGCCUCCUCCUGUAAACCAUGCUUCACCAACCAGAAUGACGGUCUCAUAUCAGUGACUACGACAAACUCGUUCAAAUGAAAUAAAAUGAUGAUUGAGGAAAAAAAAAAUAUAUAUAUAUAACAAUGGAAAGCUAUUGUGUAGAGCAUUGCAACUGAGACCUUUUUUUUUUCUUUCUUUCUUUCUCUCUGUUUUUCAAAGAAAAAAAAAAGCCAAGCAGUGCUUAUUUUAUGGCAAAUCUCCAUGUAUUUAAACUUUUUUUUGUGUGUAUUAUUUGAACAGGCUUAAAAGACAAAAACACAAUCUGUAAAGGUGAGGAAGUCUGCCUCGGUCUUCAGUCAAAGGAGCUGUUUUUAGUCGCUGACUACUUUUUAACUGUAGCGGUAUGUAUUUGUAAAAAAAAGUUUUUAAGUGGAAAUAAUUGAAUAUAAUUGUUCUGUACCAAUCUUAUUUUCAGUUCCAAUUAUUUUUUUCGUCCUAGCAUGUCAGACGUUGAUCUUAAAGGUGUGUUUCCUUAAUUUAUCUUUUCUCAGAUGUUACAAAUUGCCUCUCUGUAGUUCUCAUGGAGAUAUUUUGUCCUUGGAUUAACUCUUAACAGUCAUUGUAAAUGUUCUCCCUUCCUUCAGGUUACAAUGUUUAUUUCUGCUUUCACGACAUUUUAGUCAUGUGGAUGUUUCUCAGUGGAAUUAUUAUUGUUAUUACUUUUUUUUUAUCUUGUUGUACCUCUGGCCAGCUUAACAACAAAUCUUUAAAUACUUGCUUUCAAACCAUAACUCGCGAGGCGACGUAAGGUCUACUCGUGAAUGUCUGACAGUCAACGGUUGUUAUUUAAUAUAAACUGACCUCGUAUGGUACGUGUUGAUACAGCGUCAGUGUCUGAAACUGUCCUGUGUCAGGGGGUGCUGCAGCAUGGCCCAGAAAGGUCUGUCCCCCUCCCACACCUGCACUCUCUGUUAAUGCCACCAUAUCCUCUGUGGAUUCUGAGGAGACCAUAUCGCGGUUAGACAGAUGGCUUCACCUCUCACAUGCCAAUUUCAUCGUGUUUUGGCAGGGGACUUUUGUCUCUGGUGUCCAGCCUUGGAUUGCAAGGCAUGGUCCAAGCUAUCAGUGUGGUGUGAUUUUUAAUAAGUUGACACGCUUUCGGAUUUUGCAGUGAAUGACGGGCUCGGAAGGCUCAGACUUUCCUGUCUGGUCGUCCGUUCAGGCAUAAGCUCAGUGCAUUGGUCUAUAAAAUCAGCACCACUAAAACAGUCGACUCCUUUAUCCACUGGAUUCCAGUCCACUUAGAAACGGAGGAUUUGGUUUUUCCAAUUAUUACAGGUGUUGGUGGUGCUGAUGACUUGGUGCUCUUCUAACAGAAUGCAAAGGCCAGUAGUCCCCCCACCCCCCCCCCCCCCCCGCGCUACACGUUCAAGCAAUGCUUUUUCAUUUCAUUUGACGGAUAUUCAGUUACUCUGUGAGGAUUUACUGAAGCUCAGCAGGUCUCGAUGUUGCCUUGAGAUGUAGAGCAUUGUGAACCGAACCAGAGCCUGCAUGUGUACCACUUUUCCUUCAUGCCUCUCUACCGCUUAUCUUUUCCUCUCUCUUCCGCACGUGUUCCUCUCACUGUGCACCCACACCUGCCGUCUCCUCUGGGUGGAACCUAGCUGCCCUCCGACACUCAUCCAUCUUAGCUGGAGCUCAGCUGCAGAAGGUACCGGAAACCGCAGACAAACCCAAAGACUCGUAGUUUUCUCACUUCGCCGCAUUUGCCCACCGCCACACCUUUUGGAUUUUUAAUUUGAUUUGAUUUUCUAGCUUUUAGUUGGGUUUCUUUUUUGUUGUUGUUGUUGUUGUUUUUCAUUAAAGACCUGACCAUUGAGUCCAAAUGCUUAUUCAUAUAUGGGAAAAAAUCUAUAUAUAAAUAUUAUAUAAAUGUAUAUUCACAAAUGUUUUAAACCUUCAAAGUGCCUACAAUUUGGAAAUGUGCUUGUUCAUGUGGUUGGAGACCGUAUGUACAUCAGAUGGUUCGAGUGACUGGUAUUGUGUAAGCACAGUUGACUGUAAUGGUAACUUUUUUUUUUUUUAGUCUUACAAAGCAGACAGUAUUGUACCUAUACAUUGAAACAACACUACUGAAUAAACAUUGUGGCCUAAUAGUGA